UCUACUUCCGGUGAUGUGCUUCCGGCUCACGAGUCUGUCCUCAUGUCGGCCAGGAGCAACGGCGUGGAGUGGGUCGAGACAACAGAGGAGGUCGUUAUAACAGAGGAGAUCCUUUCCACUGUAAACAACACCACUGCAGUGAUACCAGGCUUGGAACCAGCAGAAACGCCAAUCCAGAGGUUACUGGAAACUGUGGGACAUGGAGAUAAUCCAGAGGCUGAUGAUGGUUUCUAUUGCAAGGAGUGUCUGCCUCUCUUCCAGGACCAGAGUGAUCCUGCUGACAUCAAUGGACCGUCUUUUAUCCUGGAUUUCCCAACGAGCAUGGGCGUCCCCCAAAGGGCCCUGCUCACGAUUCCCUAUGGCCUCAUGAUAGGAAGAUCUAGUAUUCCCGGGGCAGGCGUAGGGGUCAUAAAUCAUGGGCCGACCGUGUCUCCGGGAAUGCAUUUUGGACCCAUUGAGGGAGAAGGGACAACAAAGGAAAAUGCAGUAGAGAGUGACUUCUCCUGGGAGAUUUACAAAGGAAAAGAUGAGUACGAGUACAUUGAUGCCGCUGGAGAUUUACACUCAAACUGGAUGAGGUACGUAAACUUUGCUCGUAACAAAGACGAGACGAACCUGCUGGCGGUUCAGUACAAAGGCAGCAUCCUGUUUCACUGCUGUCGCACCGUUUCGCCUGGAGAUGAGCUCAUGGUGUGGCCCAGCAGCAAACUUCUGGACCAUUUCAGUGAAGCCUGGAUGCAGGUGUGGCUGAUGAGGCUGAACGCGACAGAAAAUAAUUCUGCAGCAUCACAUCAGAUCUUCCUGUGCUCUCACUGUCAGCUGUCCUUCACCACAGAGGCGUUCCUCCAGCGACACACACAACACUUCCACACGCAGCCGAAAGAAGACUGUACACCGCCGUCUGCUGAGGCCAUGGAACCAGAAGAUCCCGCCUCCAACGCCGGCUGCGAGGCAUCGCUGGUGGUUCUAUCCGUCGAUCCCGUCGAUUGCCACACGUGCGGCGACUGCGGGAAGGUUUUCAAGCAGAUGCCUCACCUGCGGAGGCACAAACUCUGCGUCCACUCCAACAAGCGUCCCUACUGCUGCCCGCAGUGCCGGCGGAGUUUCAGCCAGGCGUCUGGCUUAAUCAGACACCAGCUGGUUCACAGAAAGCAGACCGGCACAAACGAGACAGACGCUGUUCCAGAUCAGAAAGAGCCAAAAGAGAGCCUAACUAUGAGGUCAGAACUCUUAAACACUGCACAUCCAGCUGAGGAAGCAAAAGAAGUGGAUAUGACUGAGGAUCCACAAGAAGCUGUGGACGUUAAUGAAACUGAAACGGCUUCUACAGAAACGUCCCAGUCGAGUUGUUUAGACUGCGGUAAGAGCUUCACGAGUGAGGCGUACCUCAGAAAGCAUAAGCUGACUAUCCAUAAAGGGAUACGUCCGUACGUCUGCACCGUGUGCCAGAAGUGUUUCGGCCAGUACAGCGACCUGAACAGACACCUGCGUGGUCACCAGAUCCAAAACAAAAGGGCCAAGAAACCAAAUCCAGAAGAAUCGACCUCAUCGCCCUUUGGCUGUGCCGAGUGUUCCCUUGCUUUUGAAUCGGCGGAGAGCCUUCAGCAACACGCGAGAGAGAGUCACUCCGAGGAGACGACAGCGGGAAACGAAGACGACGAUCAGAGCUGCGAUCCAGACUUCAAUCCACCAAAAUCAGUGGCGGAAAAAGCCGAGUCCAUCAAACCGAUUCCCUCUCAGAGACCUCAGAGACUCGGAGCCAGAUCUAAAGUUUCUGCCAUAACCAAGCUCAUAGCUCCAAAACGGCGGGCGGCCGCGCGCAAAAAGCCGAUAAACAGCCCCGCACGGACCGAGAAUAGCUCCCCCGAAGCAGAGGAACCUCCGGCAAAGAACCCAAAGAAAUAUAAAUGGUUCAGCUGCAAUCGCUGCAAACGGACAUACGGAAACCAAGAGGAGCUUAAAGCGCACAAGUGCGCUUUGAGGCAGCACAAGUGCGGUCAGUGCGGGGCGACCUUUAUCAAGUCGGGUUUCCUCAAGAGACACGAGCAGACGGCGCACGUGGACUCGAAGUCCUACAGCUGUGAGCGCUGCGGGAAAGUCUUCACCACCGCCGCUAACCUCAAACAGCAUCAGAAGAGCAACAAGUGCAAGAAGUAUCACUGCACGUCCGAGCUCUUCUCCUGCUCCUUCUGCCAGUUCUCUUUCACUCUGAAGAGUUACCUGAUGAAACACGUCAAGAGGCACCACCCGGCCGAGUAUCUGUCGCUCCAGGACUCGGACGGCCUCGCGGAUCAGCUGGAGGGAGAGGAGGGAAAAGAGUGCGUGUGCCCCCACUGCGGGGAGAGCUUUCCAGGCAGCAAAGCGUUGAAGUCUCACGCGUGCUUCCAGCAGGUGAAGGUGCUCUACCUGUGCACCGACUGCGGGAAAGGUUUCACCAAUCACUUCGGUCUCAAGCAGCACCAGCGCAUUCACACGGGCGAGAAGCCGUACAGCUGCCCGCACUGCAGCAAGAGCUUCUCGUACACGGGCCAGCUCAACGUGCACCUCAGGACUCACACCGGGGAGAAGCCGUACCUGUGCACGCACUGCGGCGAGAGCUUCCGGCAGUCGGGGGACCUGAAGAGGCACGAGAGGAAGCACACGGGCGUGAGGCCCCACAGCUGCCCCGAGUGCUGCAAGAGCUUCAGCCGCCCGCAGAGUCUCAAAGCUCAUCAGAUGCUCCACCUGGGACAGAGGAUGUUCAAGUGUGCGCAGUGUGGGAAGAGCUUCUCCAGAAACUAUCACCUCAGGAGACACCAUCAGAAGAUGCACCUGUAGACACGUCCUUCAGUUUGCUCUCGGUAUAAAGAAUUGUUGCACUAUAAAGUCAAAUACUCCACAAUUGUGACCUUAAAGAGCUGCAGAGAAUUUAGUGAAUGUCCUGUAUAUAACAUUAUUUAAACUUAUUUUUUAUUUGAAGCUCGUUUCACGCCCAAGAUAUUUAAUUUUUCAAAAAUAAUUUUCAAUUUUUGUCAAUUACUGAAAGAGGUCAAUGUGAAUAAAUCAAUGUACCGUAAUUAAUUCAAUGCAACCACUCAGAGCAACCAAAGUAUGUAGUGAUUGGCAUAUUGGCUAGAUUCAAAGAGAGACUGAAUGUUGUGGACAAAGCCUCAGAUUUAAAGAAAGACAAAAAGCUGUGUACCUGCAUUUCUUUCUUUGACCAGCAGGGGGAGUGUGAUAACGAGGAUUCAUAAAUUCAGUAAACAUGACAAUGAGUCGCUCUCAACUUCCAGUUUUGAGUCGUCAUUUUCACUUGAGGCUCUUGAGGCAUGAAGGUUAUUCCCUUGAGGACGGCCACCUGUGAAUGUCAAGCCGCUACCAUGGCGACCAGGAUGAAUGCAUAAUGUAUAAGUGUUCAACCUGUCCUCCAGAUGUGGUCAUUUCUUGUUCCAACAAAUAAAAGUCCUGAUAAGAUGCACAUUUGGCAAAGUCAAACCUUCACAUGUGAGCCGAACUACAAUCUUCAACUUAUGUGUAGUCAUGGUAACAACUUGUUCAUGUUUUCAGAUUCAACAUAACACAGAGAGGUUUGGCAUGACGAGUGGAUUUCCAUUUGUAUGCACUGUGUACUUAUUCAAUUGAAUAUUGAUUCGAUUGGGGCAUUAGAGCAUUCCUCAUCAGCCGCCAAACUCCACUGUGCUUCUCUCAGAUACAAUUAUCUUAAAACAGCCUCGUAAUAGGUACUCCACUGUGGCCCGUCCUGAAUCAGACGUUAUUGGAAAAAGAAAUUGAGCGUGACCACACACAUCUUUCAAAGCAAACAAAACACGAGCUGGCAGAGAAGUGUGGCUCCUGAGCUCGCUGUCUAAAGUCAUAUCAAACAAAAUGCUUAUUUUCCUGUAAAUGUCAAAUCUAAAUUGUGAAACCAAAAUAAAAAUAAAAAACAACCCAUCGUUUCUCA